AUGCGGAUGUUGUGCGAUCAUUGGAAGGAGUGGACCAAACGCAUGACGGCUGAGGAACAAAUCCGGCAAGGUGAAACGUUUGAGUGGUCGCAAGUGGAACACAAGGCGUUCAGGGCGGGCCUCAUGGAGGCCCGAAAUCACAUCGCAAUGGAUGGAAAAUCAGCUGCCAUGUUCAUCACACAAACUAUCACAAUCGCAAGCGCUCUGGGGGCUUUCAACAAGGCAUUUUCAAAACAGGCGAUUUUGCUUUCGGGAGCAGAAGAAGGGCUUGGCGGUUCUGGCCCGUCCCCUGGAGCCGAAGCGAUUGGUUCUACAUGCAAGGCCUGA